AUGACCCACGCCCUCCUUUCUCUACUUGUCCUUGGCACGUACGUCAAUGCGCAUUCCUGGAUCGAGCAGCUCACUGUGAUCGCGCCAAAUGGUACUUUCAUAGGCGAGCCGGGAUACGCUCGAGGGAACGUACUCCGCACGGCACCUGGAUUCAGUGACCCAACCAUGGUGAACUUGAUUCCACCCAACACACAGCAGAAUGUCACAGUAGUGAUGCCGACUACGAAGAUGUGCAAAGACACCCAAGAUACCUACAACCAGACAAAAGGGAGUCCACGUCUCCAAGCCAGCGCUGGCGCUGCAGUCGCUCUCCGCUACCAAGAAAAUGGACAUGUCACUCUGCCUCAGAACCAACCCGGUAAACCCAAGAAUCGCGGGACGAUCUAUGUGUAUGGAACAACCCAGCCAAAAAAGGACGAGACUCUGCUCAACGUUCAUGGAAAAUGGAAUCGAGAGGGCACCGGUGGUGACGGCUCUGGUGUCCUAUUGUCCAAGCAGAACUUUGACGACAGCCGUUGCUAUCAAAUCAACUCUGGCGAGAUUUCCACUACUAGACAGAAAGAGUAUCCGCAUCAAGCCAACCAACUGAUGGGGGCAGACCUCUGGUGUCAACAAGAUAUUCAGUUGCCCUCCAACGCUCCAACCGGCAAGCCUUACACGCUUUACUGGGUAUGGGACUGGCCCACCUUACCAGGAGGUGACCCAACUUAUCCCGACGGAAAGCAAGAGAUCUACACCACCUGCAUGGAUAUCGACGUGGUGGAAUCACCAAAUAGUCAGACAAAAUCCAGCUUCAAAUACGCGGUCGGCCAAGAUCUGAACAGCGCCUCGAUUCAGUCAGAGUUUGAAGAUCUAGAGAAUGCAUCUGAUCCCCAGCCUGCUGGCUCCGCUUCUUCGGCUUCCCUCGCCUCUGCUGUCUCUCCUGCGUCUUCCACGCUCUCUAAAGAUCCGACAAGUGCCUCAGCAGGAGCCCCUACGUCAACCUAUACUGUCACCAUGACUGAGACAGCAGCUGCAACGACUGAAUGGGUGACAAAGACACAAGUCUACUACGUCUGCCCUCAAACGGCAACGCUUUCCUGA